AUGGGGAAACCGAUCCAGUAUGCACAGCUUCCCAAAUUUGAGUACCAGACUUUCGAGCGUCAAUAUCAGACCUUCGACCGUCAUACUUUUCAAUUUUCAUUCUAUCCUGUCGCUUCUACAUCAACAGACGAUCUGACACCUGACAAUGAUCAGGGCAACAACCCCACUGAAGCAGGCAAUAUUCCAGAAGAAGGAUCAAGUAGUCCCUCCGCGGACAUUCCAUCAUCCCCUGAGGCUGCAGAAUCGUCUGAAGCGACAACGCCGUCCCCGGAUCCCGUAGAAACCCCCAACGACAAGAAAGACGAGCCACUAGCUGAGGACUCGGCCCAGCAUACAGAAGCGGAACAGGAUGCUACAGACGCUUUGAAUCCAAGCGCACCAGAGCAAGAUUCUCAAGAGCCGAAGAAUGAGACUGGUAUCUCAGAAGAUAGUCCUUCUGUUGACUCAGAUAAGCCCGCACCUGAAAAUGCAGAAGCUGCGGAACAAGUAGGUGAAAAUGCUAAGGCAGAAGAAGAAUCGGCAGCCAAAGAGACCGAGCCAGUACCGGCUCUUCCUGAAGAGGAAACAAGUGGCCCGCCUACAGAUGCUGAAGCUCCUCUGCAGCCUGUAGAUGAGCCCGUAAAUCCCGAUGAGACAGACAACACUUCGUCCGAUGCUCCCGCAACAGAUUCCAACACCGAAAGUCACCCAUCUGACCCUGCCCCUGAAACCGAAGCAUCAUCCGACAAGGCGUCAACAGAUGAGCCGACAGCUACAGAGGCUCAAGAGGAAAAUGCAGCUUUCGCCAACCCUGGUAUUGACACCGAACCAAACCUAGCAGAGUCUACGGAUAAAGUAGAGUCGGGCUCUGGAGAAACGGCGGUUGAUGAAGCUGCCGCAGACGGGGAGAGCAAAGGCAAGAAGGGAAAGAAGAACAAGAAAAAGAAGAAGAAGGGCGCUGCCGCCGUGGAAGAGCCUCCCUCCACACCUCCGCCUCAGGAACCGGAACAGGUCGAGAAUCCUGUUGCCGCUGAAGCAGAAGUCGAACCUGAGGUCAAGGAAGCAGAAGCAGAAGCGGCAACAAGUAUAUCAGACGAGACAAACGACAACCCGGCAGAAGACACCACUGAGCCCGGUCCGUCUGCCAAUGAAGAUCAGGCCGAUGCUGGAGCCGAUGCUGUUACUGACGAUAAAAACCUUGAACCUGCGGCAGAGGAGCCGACUUCUGAAGAGCCCAUUCCUAGUGAUCCUUCUAUGAAUAAGCCUAGCGAUGGAUCUGGUGCUCCGGAAGUUGCCGAGCAUGUCGCAGAUGCCUCUGAAGAACCGCUAGCCGAGUCAUCGCCAGAAAAAGGAGCUUCUGAAGCAGAAGAAUCGCCGGAGACAGCACCUGAGGAACCGCCACAAGAGGAGCUAACGGAGGAGACUGCAUCUGAGAGGGAUGAUGUUAAUGCUGGUGCUGGUGAAGCGGCUCCAGGGAUCUCUGCAACCGACGAAAAGCCUUCUGAAGAAGAAGAGCCGGUUGAAGAGCCGGUCAACACGGAACCCGCGGAGCAAACACUGGCUGAUGAGGGAGUAGACGAGGCAACAGCAGAACCCACGGCUGAGGAAACUCCUGCAGAAGUUCUAGUCGACAACAAAGAAGCAGCAAGCGAUGGACAUGCCUCUGACGCAGAAGUUUCCGGAGAAGUACAGGUUGAAACCCCAGCUACUACCCCAGAGCCGCAGGAAGAUCUAGUGGAAGAAGACAAGGCAGGAGAGGAGGCCUCAGAGGAAGCCUCCCCAGUUAAUGACGCCCCCGUGGAGAAGUCCGACGAUCAGGAAGCUUUGUUGGAGGAAGCAGUUGCUUCCAAGAAGGAACUUCCUGCUGCAGAUUCGGCAGAAGAAACGGUUGCAGAAAAGCCCACCACUACGGAAGAGCCUCAGGCUGAUGAUCCUCCUGUCACUGAAGCUGUUGCAGCAGAACCUACUCCAACGGAAGAGGCUCCUCUUACCGAAGAAGCUCCUGUUACCGAGGAACAUGUUGCUGCUGAAGACGUUCUUGUCGAGGAAGCGCCUGUUGUCGAGGAAUUGCCUAUCACGGGCGAGGCUCCUGCUGCCGAAGAAGCUCCAACUACUGAACCCGCCGUUACAGAAGAGGCUCCCAUCGAAGAAGCCCUUGCCGAAGAAACGCCUCUCGCAGAAGAAGUCCCUGCUGUCGAGGAAGCUCCCGAGCCACCCACUUCUGAAGAAGCCCCCGCGACUGAUCCUGCUGUCACUGAAGAGGUUCACGUUGAAGAAGCCCCUGUCGAAGAAUCACCUGUUGCUGAUGAGCAACUUGCAACUAAGGAAGUGCCUUCUGAGGAAGCCCCUGUUGUUGAUGAGCCUGUUGAGGAAGUAACUACACCUGAAACAGCGCCUGUUAUCGAAGAAACUUCUGCUAUUGAGGAGCCUGCUGUUGUUGAGGAAGUUGCUGCUGAAGAACUACCUGUCGAAGAACCUCCUGCUCCCGAAGCUCCAGUUCCUGAGGAGCAUGCAGCCGUUGAGGAAGUUCCUGUUGAAGCUCCAGCUCCUGAGGAGCCUGCUGCUGUUGGGGAAGUCCUUGUUGAAGAAGCUCCUGAUCCCGAAGCUCUGUUUCCUGAGGAGCAUGCAGCCGUUGAGGAAAUUAUUACUGACAAAGCACCUGUCGAAGAAGCUCAUGCUCCUGAAGCUCCAGUUCCUGAGGAGUCUGCCAAUGCUGAAGAAAUCGCUGUUGAAGAAGUGCCCGCGCCAUCUGUAUCGAGAGGAGUCACCGUUGAUGAAGUCUCAGGGGUUGAAGAGGCCCCCGUUGAAGAGGUCCCCGUUGAAGAGGUCCCCGUUGAAGAGGCCCCCGUUGAAGAGGCUCCCGCUGAAGAAACCCCUGUCACUGUAGAGCCUCCUGUUGCCGAUGAAGUCCCUCCCGCUGAAGCUCCUGUCCAACCCGCUCCGGAAGACACUCCAGCUGAAGAACUUGAGCCAGCUGAGGAACCCCCAGCGGAGCCGCAUGUCGUUGAGUUUGCACCAGCUGAUCAUAUUAUCAUUGAACGUGCCCCCGCUAGCGAUGAGGCGCCUCCUGAAGAUUCUGUUACCGCUGAACCAGCUGUUGGAGAGGCACCUUCAGAAGAGUUAGUCCUUGAAGAUUCAGCUGCUGACAGAGGGUUGUCCGAAGAGGCAACAGACCCUACAAGCGAAUACCCAGAUACCGUUGACUCACUCAAAGAUGACCCCUCGACUACGACCGAAGCUGCCGCUGGAAUUGCAGCCGGAGCCGCCGGCGGAGCUGCCGCCGCCGGUUUGGCUCAUGGCCACAGAAAGAAAAAGCGACGAACAGCCGACAUGGACCGUGAGCGUGGUCACUCCAAGAGCUCAUCUGACGAAUACCCGCCUCGGCUGGAACGACAGAAGAGUACUAAACGCGGUGGUAUCUUCACAAACCGAUGGGCAGAAGCCUUGGAUGAGGCGAAGCGGCAGCAUGAGAAGAAGGUCAGACAUGAAGAGAGACGGAAAGAGAAGUCUGUUGUAGUGGAAAGGGAGUCACGUCAUUCAUCAGGACGCGAAAAAGAGCACGAGCGGGUGAGACGGUCCGAACGUACCGAGCGCUCUACAAGAGAAAAAGAACCUACGCCUGUCAAGACAAGGACGAAGCCCUCGGAGCACUCUAGCGGCAGUGAUCGCGAGCGAAGCGGAAGCUCCUCAUCAAGACACGUGCAGCCCUCAACGCCAAAGCCCAGGGCUUUCCUGAAGUACAUGACAUCAGGGGAGUCAGACACCAAACCCCUACUGAAAAUAAGCGGCGACAAAGCUGCCGCAAAUAUCUAUGAGCCUCAUAGGAGAUCUUCCACGAGCCGUUCCCAUGCGGAUCUCAUCAGACCGAAGAAGAUCGAGCUCGACGUGAAGCUCGCAGAGCUCGCAGAAAAGCCGAAGAAGAAGAGCAGACAAAGUCGAAGGAAGAACCUGAGCAACGCCACCACCAUCACAGCGGAGAAGGGCAUCAUCGUCACCAUCGGCACAAACGUGCGCCGUCUCCUCCAAGGAGCGGAAGUUCCAAACUAA